AUGAAGUCGCUGAACCGCUCGACUCCGCUGGUUCGUAUUAGUAUGUCCAAGGGAGGACAGCUGCCUGUGUACAUGUUUGAUGCAAUGGUGUCUUCGUCUAUCGAGUCGGGAUCAAUUAAUCCUUUCUCAGCCCUUGUGACUAUCCGUCGUAUAGAAUUCGUCACGUCGUCUCGUGAAGUAUAUGGAAAACAGAUGUUAAGAACUGCUUUAGUAUUGUUUCGAGUCAGCUUUUCAGCCUUUUCAGCCACUUCAAUGACAUCUGGCGGUAGUAACGACCGGUUGCCAAUGACUCUAAUUCGUAGUCCGUACUGGUCGGCAAGGUCACCAUUCUCACACACCUGGAUCAGUUUGUCCUUGACGAUUUUCAUUAAUGCAUCGACCUCAUAUGCUGGUCUUUUAAAGUUCUCAAUGGAAAAUGCAAAUACCGUAACUGCCUGUACACCCAGCUCAUAA